UUAAUUUGAUUAAUUUAAUUUUGAUUUAAAAUAUUAUACACACCAAUGAUUGGCUUUCAAAUGACUCACUAUACUACUAAUCAUAAACAUAAUAAAGCAUUGGACAGUAAUAUUGUUACCAAUAAUAAUAACAACAAUAUCAUUACCAAUGGCAGUACUACUAAUGGUAAUCAUAAAAAACUACCGAAACGGUCGAUAUCGUGGACACAAUUGCUAUUACCGUCGUAUAAGUCCCGACUCCUAGAGUUUCGCCGAUUGUUUACCAAAUCGGUUCCGACUAACGAACGACUGAUUGCCGACUUUUCCUGUGCCCUGCAAAAGGAAAUCCUAAUUCAGGGGCGACUAUACCUAUCGAUGAACUACCUGUCCUUUCAUGCCAACAUAUUCGGCUGGGAAACCGUUGUCAGCAUACGGUUGGCCGAUGUCCGGUCACUAAACAAAGCCAAUACCAUACGGGUUAUACCUAAUGCCAUACAAUUGGUUACCAGUGACGGCCAUAAGUAUAUAUUCACUUCAUUUGUGGCCCGAGAUAAGGCAUUCAAACGUGUCUAUCGGCUGUGGCAGGACGUACUGAUUGGCCAGAAAAUGUCGAUACCGGAAGUUUGGCAACUCAUACGCCAUAACUACGGUACCGAUUUGGGACUGUCGUCCGAUUCGGGCGGCGAUGAAGAGCUGGAUCAGGAACUGGAUGUCGUUACCCGUAAUAACAUCAAUAUGGUUGAAGAGGAACUGGUGGCCGACGACGACGAUGAUGAUGAUGACGAUCUGGAUGUGGUUGGGGUCGACACCACAGAUGAUGUUUUUGCUGAUAAACCUGUUAAUCAAAGAAAGCGCCAUAAAAUAGCUUCCAUAGCCUCGUUACUUAAGUGCCCGGAGCCUGAUAUGGCUGUCCAUGGCCAGCUUAUUGGCGAUCGGCUAGUCAUCGGUGGACAGCAUACUACUACUACUACUACAAGUGAUAAUAAUAAUAAAUACAAAUCGUUUGUACGGCUAAUACCAAAAUGGCUGAACAAUAACUCCCUGUUCGCCGCCAACAGUGCCGCCAAAGAGUCGCUAUUGUUAAGGAUAUUACUAUUAUUGUCACUAAUGUUAUUGAUAGUCAACAUCACUGUACUCUAUAAACUAACUAAUAUUAAUCAAAACUAUUACGACUACUAUAAUAGUCAACAACAAAAACAUACAUAUCUUGACGUAAAUAUUCAUCAAUUAAGACAAUCGUUAGAUUUAAGCAAACGUUUAGUUAAAGAUUUAGCUGGACUUUGA